CACGGUGGAAACCAGCUUUCCAAAAAUGGGGACUAUCAAGGAAGUUGUGAAUGAGAUGAUUUGAGAAGUGUGGGAUGUUGAGGAGGCUGACGAUGAACACGAGGAUGUGGGGGGGCAGAGCUCUGUGCUCAUUGGUUAUCUGUGCUGCUGGUGGAGCUGAACUCUGAUAGGCUGCUGGAUAAAAGAGAGCCGGGUUCACAGAGCCUCAUCCUCUUCACAUUCAGAGGCUCAUUGCACAGGAGGUCUCGUUCUGCCAGAUUUCUGUCGACAUGGCUGAUUGGAGCGACUGUCUGAACUUUGGGAUCUCAAUCGCCAAACAGGCCAGCGAGGUGGUCCUUUCUGGGUUCCGGGAGCAAAAGGAAGUAAAGCUAAAAAGUUCUCCAGCCGAUCUGGUGACAGAAACCGAUCAGAGAGUUGAGACGAUCUUGAUCUCUGCCAUCAGGGCACGCUAUCCUCAGCACAGGUUCAUAGGGGAGGAGUCUGUUGCUGCAGGAGAGCGUGUCCAUUUGACAGACAGUCCCACUUGGAUCAUUGACCCCAUAGAUGGGACCGUCAACUUUGUCCACGGGUUUCCACUUGUGGCCAUCUCCAUUGCCUUCACCAUAAACAAAAAGACGGAGUUCGGGAUUGUGUACAGCUGUGUGGAGGAUAAGAUGUUCUAUGCUCAGAGAGGGAGAGGAGCAUUUCUGAAUGGGAAAGCGCUGAAUGCCUCUGGACAGGAAGACAUCAGCAGGUGUGUGGUGGUCACGGAAAUUGGGGCAGAGCGCGAUGAUCUCGCCCUAUCCACCAUGACGUCCAACAUCUUCAGACUGCUCAAGCUUCCUAUACACGGCAUUCGAGCACUGGGCACCGCGGCAGUCGACAUGUGCCAGGUGGCAACAGGUGGAGCUGACGCUUACUAUCACAUUGGGAUGCACUGCUGGGACAUCGCUGCCUCAGCCAUUAUUGUGCAGGAGGCUGGAGGCGUCGUCAUGGACACUGACGGCUCAGACUUCGACAUGAUGUCCAGGAGAGUGAUAGCUGCUAGCUCUCCUGCUGUGGCCAAUCGCAUUGCAGAGGUGAUUCAGACAUUCCCCUGUCGCCGUGACGACGAAGACCCCGGCAAGUGUAUCUGUGUAGCUGCAGGUGUAAAUGGACCUCAGAUCAUUUGACAAGAUGCUGGAUGUUUUUUAUGAUUUAAGAUCACAAAUAAAACUGGAAA